AUGGACCAGUGGAACUGGGAUGAAGCACCACCACAGGAAGUGCCCCAGGGCACCAGGCUGUCAGGGCUGGGUAUGUUGCCAAAGCUUAGGGUGGGGUAAGGAUGCCAGAGGGGGUGUCUCUGUUGACCCCAAGCCAUAAAAUCCUUCUGUCCUGCAGAAGGGACAGAACCUGCUUUCUAUUACCCGGACCUGGCACUCCAAGGGGACACACUGACGACAGAGACAUGCUGGGAAGGUAACUUCUCACCCCUCGCAGGGUUCCCACAGCUGGACUGGGGCUCCGCUUCGCCACACCCAGAGGCUUCGAAGGGGGCAGAUCCCGCUUCUCAGGCGCUCCCGUGGUGGGGAGACUGCACAGAUCCAGCGCCCUGGAGCGGCUUCGCGCAGGCCCUCGGGGCCGCCCCCUUCGCUGGUUCCGAAGCGCCAUCGGGCCAGAACUGCACCGCCUGGGCGGGAGGGAGUGAGCCCUGGUCGCCAGCUCAGAUCGCCGCGCAUUGCAGCAGCUGGGACUGUUCUGAGGGCGUCACCAGCUGGGGCGGGGCUGGGGGUGCGGAGCCGCGGGCGGACUGUACCAUUUCGUGGGGGGUCGGGCCCGCCGGCUCGAGCUGGGCCACCUCCUGGGACUCGGGACUGCACGCGGAUUCCACCACCUCGUCUAAGGAGCACCAGCGGUCAGACCUCACCGCUUCCUCCCAAUCCACCCGGCACUCCGACCGCGCAACCUUGCCUCGUUAUCCCAGAACUAACCACCGAGGUCCCAUCCAGCUGUGGCAGUUUCUCCUGGAGCUGCUCCAAGAUGGGGCGCGAAGCAGCUGCAUCCGCUGGACAGGGAAUAGCGGAGAGUUCCAGCUGUGCGACCCCAAAGAGGUCGCGCGGCUGUGGGGCGAGCGCAAGAGGAAGCCGGGCAUGAAUUACGAGAAGCUGAGCCGGGGCCUGCGCUACUACUACCGACGAGACAUCGUGCUCAAGAGCGGCGGACGCAAAUACACUUACCGCUUCGGGGGCCGAGUGCCUGGCCUGGCGUGUCCCGACCGGGCAGCAGGCGGAUCGGGCGCACCCACCCAAUAAAAAGAGCUUGUCAUACC